AUGGAUGAAAGCAAUAGUAAAUCUUCUUUUAAGGAAUGCAACAAUGGUGCGGAUGAGGCACAGUUGCAUGCAGAAGUGGAAAACCUUCGGCAACAUCUUGCAGAAAAAGAUGCACAUAUUGUAGGUUUGGAAGCAGAAUUUGUUAAGUGUACAACUAGAGCUAACCAUUUAGAAGAACAAGUUGACACUUGGAGAGAGAAAUAUGAAAGAUUGUAUGACUCACAUAAAAGAGUACAAAAAUUAAAUCAAGUGUUAGAGGAUAAGUUGUUGCAGAUGAUAGAAAAUGAAAGAUACAAAAAUGACAUGAACUUGGCAAUCCAGUUGCUGCAAUGCAAACCGGACAACUUUGUUUCUCAGAAACUCGAUAAUCUUCCAAUUGACACUCAAGCCAGGGUGUCACAAUAUGUUGUGUCCAAAACAUCGAAACCAUCCAGUUCAAGUCAAUCUAAAACAGUCAAUGAUUUAGAAACAUUUGAUGCAAGUGAGUAUGAGUUCAAUAUAUCAGCUUCACUCAUGUCGAAAAUUUUAGAAGAUAGCAUCCAGGAUACUCUCACCAAGCAUUGUGACACCUGCACGUGCACUAAAUCACAAAACAAGCCAUUCUCUUACAACGAAGGUUACUAUUCGGUAUCAACGCAGACACGACUGAGCGGUGAAAUGAAGAAUUCGCUAUGCCUUAAUUGCAAUUCUGAAAUUAAAUCCGUGAAAUCAAAUUUAAGUAUGAGGAGCACUUCGCCUCAUGGUAUAAAACUAAUAAAUGAAAAAUCUAACAUUGCUCUUAGCAAUAUGUACAUAAUACCACAACCAAAUUCAGUGACUGAAAUUAACAACCGUAAGACCGAAAAGACUGUGCAUUCGAAUAUUAUUGAAUCAAAUGUUCCAAGUGAUGAGAAAAAUAAAAUGGGUUGUAACCUUGAAAAUGAAGCUAUCAAAAAAAUUGAGGAGGAAUUGAAACAGUUGAAGAAAAAUAAUAAUAAUGGUAAUAACAAUAUGAAAAUAGAACCAACAGUGCAUCAUAAGCUUUGUGAACGUACCAAAACUUCAAUUUCAAGUGUGAAAAGUAGUGUUCAUAGUACUGCUAAUGAAGAUUUACUAAUUCGAGAUAAAGCUAUCGAUAAGGAAGUUAAAAAUCAGAUUACAUUAGGUGAGACUUCUAGCAUGAGAAAAAAUUCACAAAGUUCGAUGGGGGCAGCUAGCCGCACAUCUUCUGUAGCAAAGAGUACAGUUAGCACCCAUAAAUCUUAUACUCAAGUAGGCCCAGGGCCAAGAUUUUGUCAUCUACGUAUGCAGGCUGGUUCCAAAAAUAUACUACUUGAUAAUGCCGAACCAGAUGUACCACCAGUCUUGUAUAGGCGCCAAAGUAAAAGUAAUGAAAAUUCCAUUUUUAAGGACCCGAAUGAUGGCAUAGAAAAUUUUAUCGAUUUAGUAAAAACUGAUGUUGAUUUUAAAAGUGAUGCAAAUAAUGAAAACGUUGUAAUUGAAAGUACACUCAUUGACGUUCACGUUGAUAACAAUAAUAAAGACUCAGAAAAUCCUGUUAAAGUAAGUUCUAUCAAUCCAAUUCUUUUAAAUGUGUCUUCUUCGCCAUUACAACCAUUAAAAACUCAUAAUUUUUCAAAUAGUUCUGAACACAAUAACAAUAAUACUCAAAGCAUUAGCAGUCAACAAAACCAAUUAGAAAUAGAUAAUUUGCUAAAUGAUUUUAAUGUUGGUAAUGAUUUACAAAACAACAACACAGAUAAUGCAAAUGAUAAAAAAUAUAAUUUUGUUAGUUCCAAAGAUAAUCAAGACGUGAAAAUAUUUAACUUUGAUCUUUAUGAACAAACCAAAGCGACACAAAUUACAAGACCUUUGAAGAAAAUUGACAUGUCUCAACUUCAUUCGAUUGAAAACACCAAGAUUUCUAAAGAUUAUCCUCCAAUUGGGGAUUUAACAAGUCUAGAUAAAAAGGCAGAUUCGACUGCAAAGCAACAAAAAUCAUCAUUGCCAGCCAUAGUCAAUGUAUAUCCAAAUCUGACUCAGACACAUUUAAAGGUGAACGAAAAUUCAAAAGUGUUUACUAAUGAGCAAAGUACAAGUUCUUUGUCAAGCGAUGAUAGCGCAGCUGUUCUUCAGAAGCAACAGUUACUCAGAGUUGCAGAAUGGGUUGAAAAAAAUUUAGAACAGCAAAAUAAUUUCAACGAUCCAUUAGAAGACGAAUGUAGCUUUGUAAACCGAAGUAUAAGAAGGGACAGCAAGUUGAGCAGACUCACUGAAACAUUAAAUGAACUUGCACUCAAUAUGCCGCAUCCCGUUAGUAAAUUUUCCAAGUCAUAUUCCAAUAAUGCUUACAAUAGUUGCACGUCUAAGAAUCUAAUUAAUCAACACACUACUCAAGAUAAAGGAAUUAAGAAUACCAAUUUAAAACUAACAGGUAACAUUGUAAAGGAAACAAUAUUUCCAGUAGAGAGUGGUGAAGUAACUGUAACAGAAAUAAAUAUUGAUAAUUCGCAUUGCAAUAUAAAUAAUAUGGCCAACUACAAUGAAUUAGAAGAUGCCUUGAAAUCUACAAUGGAUAAAGAAAUUUCACCUGAAGACUUGGCGAGAAUGGAGUAUAAUGUAAAGAAGUUUUUACUAAGUGGGCCACAUUGGGUCAAUCCGACGUCUGUAGGAAGAAGUCGGCGAACUAGCAGUAAAACUGAGACUGACGUAUAA